AUUUGGGAUCUUUUUGUAUACUGAGAAUUUUCCAAAAAUAGCUUCGACCCAUAAAAAUUCCUGUUGUAUAGAACAGAUCUCUGGAAAGAUUUUUCUGAUACAUAAAUUUCUUUCCUUUCUUUUUUCAGGUCCUCAAUCUUGAAGAACACAGCUUAUAUCCUUCUGAAAAAGGAAUUAAGUUUUGUGUUAUUAGUUUGAUCAGAAUGGAUCAGCAAGGACAUAGCCAGGCCCCAUCUAUGGGAGUGAUUGGUAGCGGAGCUCAAUUGCCAUAUGCCACUAACCCAUAUCAGACUGGUCCAAUGACUGGGGCACCGGCUCAUGGAUCAGUGGUUACAUCAGUUGGGGCUAUUCAAUCUACAAGUCAGCCUUCUGGAGCUCAGCUUGCACAACACCAACUUGCUUACCAGCACAUCCACCAGCAGCAACAACAGCAACUUCAGCAACAACUCCAAACCUUUUGGGCAAAUCAGUACCAAGAAAUUGAGAAGGUGACUGAUUUCAAGAACCAUAGCCUUCCUUUGGCAAGGAUCAAAAAGAUUAUGAAGGCUGAUGAGGAUGUAAGAAUGAUAUCAGCUGAGGCACCAGUAAUAUUUGCCAGGGCAUGCGAAAUGUUCAUCUUGGAGUUGACCUUGCGAUCUUGGAAUCACACAGAAGAGAACAAAAGGAGGACACUUCAAAAGAAUGACAUUGCAGCAGCAAUCACAAGGACUGAUAUCUUUGAUUUCUUGGUUGACAUUGUGCCAAGGGAGGAUCUGAAAGAUGAAGUGCUUGCAUCAAUCCCAAGAGGAACAAUGCCUGUUGGAGGGCCUGCUGAUGCUCUCCCUUACUGCUAUAUGCCAUCUCAGCAUGCUCCACAGGUUGGGACUCCUGGGAUGAUCAUGGGUAAGCCUGUGAUGGACCCAGCUAUGUAUGCUCAGCAGUCGCAUGCCUACAUGGCUCAACAGAUGUGGCCACAGGCACCAGACCAACAGCCAUCGCCCUCAGAUCAUUAGAAGCUGUUGCAUGGAAGCUGAGUAGCAGUUGUUGUUUCUCAAGAUAUCUGGGGAAUGUCAACGCACUGUUUAGGGACGUCUUAGUAAUGAACAAGUACAAUCAAUCAAGAUUUGAGCUAAAGACAAGCAAACUUUAUGUAGAUAACUAUGCUUGAGAAGAAUAGCCAAUCUUGAUUGGGCUGGAUUGAGCUGGAGUUUCUUUCUUGCUUGUUUUAUUUAUUUCUUGUUUUAGCCAAAACUUGUUACUUAAGAUGAAUGAAUAGAAAUCAACUUAAAAGUAAUGCCUCCAUCUUUGAUGAGCACAAAUGAAACAAGAGUUUUCUUUUUCUA